UGAAGAUGUCCUCAUAGAAAAUGAGGAAAGUUUGGCAGUGUAUACCUUAACCAUCGACAAAUCUCUGCCCAAGAGUCAGUUUAUAGAGUUGGUAGUCUCAAACUGAAAGACUGUUCCAGGCAAGUAAUAUUUAUUCCAACUGAUGAGAGAGCCACCCGCUUGUCCAAGCCUUUGUCACUCAUACAAAAACAACGUCAGUUUGGACAUGAUGAGAACAUUUGGAUGCCCAAUAUUAUCGACAGAUACCAUGCAAGACCCAAAGAGGAACCUUUCAGAACAAUGUGUGCUGCCACCUUUGUAUCUGAAUAUAGAGUCGUGUGUUCUUCAGGUCAGGGAAAUACUGACAGGCAAUCAAGAACUCCGACAUAUGUAUUAAGUGGUAAUCUAGGAGUUGUACAAAAACGAACAAGAUCGAAACCUGCUAUCAUUCGAUUCCCAAAAUUUAACAAAGACAAGGAUACAGAGCGUUAUUAUGCCACUUUAUUGAAGUUAUACCUCCCUCACUACUGUGACACAGAGUUAAAACCAACACCUUAUACCAAAUAUGAAGAGUUCUAUUCAGAUGGGUUUGUGUCAAUCUUUGGGAACACAGAUGAUGUCAAAGUCUGUGAUAUUGUGCAAACAAACAGACAGAAGUUUGAAGGAAAUGUUGACAACAUUCCGCAAACCUGUCAAGACUUCAACGACACUCCCGACAUCGAUGAUCCAUGGGCCCAAAUAUUGCCAGAUGCCAAGGAACACGAACAAGUCACAUCCAAAGACCAGGAAGACGAAGACAUUUCUAAUGCCGAAGACCAGAACAUACCUGACCUUGCAACAGUACAGAAAUCCAAACAACUCUCUUUCACUUUAGAGAGAUGCCAACUUAAUAUACCUACCACAACUGCUAUCCCUCUCAUGCAGUCCAUGAAUUGGAGGCAACAACAGGUAUUCUAUUUUGUUCGGGAUUGGUGUUUGAAAGUCGUGCAGGGGAAGAGACCUGAUCCAUUUCAUAUUUUUCUCACCGGUGGUGCUGGCACAGGCAAGAGCCAUAUCACCAAGUGCAUAGCAUACAUGGCUAGCAGAAUCCUACAGCCCACACAAGAGAAUCCUGACAAAGUCGCAGUUCUAAUAACAGCUCCAACUGGAACAGCUGCCUUCAACAUAGGUGGAACGACUCUGCACCAUGCAUUUCACCUAGCACGAGUCUCUGUGAAAUACCAGCCUCUGUCAGAAAGCACCUUGAAUGCAGUGAGAGCCCAAUAUGAAAGCCUUCAGAUUGUCAUCACUGAUGAAGUCUCCAUGGUAGAUAAGAAACUAAUGUCUUCAGUGCAUGGAAGGUUGUCACAGCUACGUCAAGCCAACCCCAACACACGGUUUGGGAACAUGAGCAUCCUUGCUGUUGGGGAUAUGUUCCAGAUUCCUCCGGUCAAAGGGCAAAGUCUGUACAAAGCCACAAAAGCAGACUUCUUUCCUCUCUGGAAUGGUAUUUUCCAACUCUGUGAAUUGAAGGACAUCAUGAGACAAAGAAAUGAUGCUCUCUUUGCUGAGUUGUUAAACAGACUGAGAGUGAAAAGAAAGAAAGAACAACUAUCUGACGAAGACAACAUGACCUUAUUAUCAAGGGUAUUGUCCGUGGACUUUACAGCACCACAAUAUCCACAAGAUGCACUCCAUAUCUUUGCAACCAACGCAUUAGUUUCUGAACAUAAUGACAAAAUGUUACACCUCAGAUGUCCCCAAAUCACAACAUUUGAAGCCUCUGACUUUCAGAAAGAUCCAAGUACUUGAUCUUUGAAACAGAAGGCAAUCCUUGCAAAAGGACAGCCAGAUGACUUGCCAAAUGCCCUUUCCAUUGGUGUUGGUGCACGCGUUAUGCUGUCUAGAAAUGUCCAUGUUGAAGACGGCCUUGUCAACGGAGUUUUGGCACAGUAACAGGUCUAUCAGGUGGCAAAAACAGCAGUUCCAAAAAUCCAACAGUCUUUGUCAAAUUCGACGAUCCUAGAGCUGGUGCACUUCAAAGACAGAGAACUCCACUUUGUGAACAAGCCAACAUCAAUUCAGUUGCGAUACAUCAGUAUGAAGACACGUUGAAAUCAGAUAGCCACAUAAAACGUUACCAACUACCUUUGAAGCUUGCCUGGUGAUCUUCAAUUCACAAAGUGCAAGGCCUUACAGUUGAUACUGCAGUAGUCUGUAUGAAAAAUAUCUUUUCUGCAGGCAUGGCAUACGUAGCACUCAGUAGGGUUCGCAGUAUAAGUGGUCUUCACAUUACAGAGUACAAUCAGGAAGCCAUUUAUUGCAAUAAUGAAGUUCAACAGGCACUAAACGCCAUGACGCAAUUCACAUAUGAUCCCAACCCAUUUACAGAACUUUCACCUGCCUCUCCACAUCAACUGUUAAAAAUUGUUCACCAUAACACACAGGGACUUAUCACUCAUUUCAAAAGUAUGGCCAACACCUGUCUACUAGAAACAGAUCUACUCUGUCUUUCAGAAACCUGGCUCACUGCAAAUAACCACAACCAAGUGCAGAUAGACGGAUUCAAAAUGUAUCACAAGAACAAGUACAUCAGUGAAGCCUGUGACAAUCCGCUACAAACACAUCAAACUGCUCAUGGAGGAGUAGCAAUAUAUGUUCGCAACAAAUGGACAUCUCACGAAGUCCAAAUACCACAUUCCACAGACUUGCAAUGUCUGGCUGUCCAUGUUUCAACAGGCUGGCUGACACUGCUCUUACUAGUUAUCUACAGGCCCCCCCACGAGAACAAAGCAGCAUUCAUAUCCAGCCUCAAAAAACUCUUGGACUACUUGCCUGACAUGGACAAAAACACUACAAUCAUAGUUGGAGAUUUCAAUGAGAAUCUCUUGGCACUUCAAGACAGCAACAAAAUUCUAUCAUUCCUUGCUACCAAUAACUUUACACAAAUCGUACAUCAUCCAACAACUGUCAAAGGAAGUUUGCUUGACCACAUUUAUAUGUCGUCACUAGCAACAUUGCUUAAGACUGGCACAAUUCAAACAUUUAACAGCUAUCAUGAUGCAGUAUAUUGCAUAUUAUCAAGUCAUGCCACAAAAACACAAGCUCUUCACUAAGCUCUGUGAGGACAAAAUAAUUCAUCUAAUAAAUACACUUGCAAAAAGGCUAUAUAUGUACAUUCCAAAUACAUAGAGCUGCCUGAAGACAUUACCUUGCCAUACAAAAUAGCAGCAAGGCCAAGCCUGCUUGACACACUGAGUUCUAACGAUUGUAUCCCUCUCAAUAAUGUAUAAAACUGUACACAUGUACUUUCCAUUAUAUCAAAACCAACAGUUGCUUACUUUGACAUGUCUCCAUAGCAUGCUGAAAAUGCACAUUGGGGAGACAGAAAAAAAAUAAUCCUUACAGUAAGAUGCUUCACAAUAUGUAAUAUUCAUUCAGAUAUGUGUGUUACCACCCUUCAGGUGCCCUACCUGUACAUACUGACAGUUGUGCACAAAAUAUGCUGACAGGCCCACCAAGACAUAUACAUAUGUCCAUUUUAGUAUCUUGUCUAUCCCAUUGUUAAACCAAUUCCAAUAUGUGACACACUUUUUCAACUCUCUUGUAUCCUGCAUCAAGAACUUCUUCUCUGGCAAUUACAUCUCUUGCUAGCCAUUACAUGUCAUGAGCCAGCCAUGCCAACUACUCACAUAUCGUCAAACCAGCCUCCUUACUCCAAUAUGGUAUCAAGUCUUUGCCAAGCCACCAUCACAGUACCUUGCUCCAUCAAUCAACACCUUUACCACACUUCCCCAGCCAGCCUGCUCUCCACGUCCUACUGCCACAUGUGAUCUUCUAGCUUGGGAUCAAAUCCUUUUUGUCCAUAAUUGCACGCCAGCCUUGCACAUAUCAUGAUCCAAUCUGGGGACAAUUCUUUUGUCCAUAAUUGCACAUCCCAAGUUGCACAUGUCAUCAUCCAUCCUGGGGACAAUACCUCUUCUCCAUAAUUGCACGUGCAUAGUUGCACAUGUCGUCAUCUGCCCUGACGACAAUACCUUUUGUCCGUAAUUCCACAUCCAUAGUUGCACAUGUCGUCAUCCAGCCUGGGGACAAUACCUUUUGUCCAUAACUGCACGUCCAUACUUGCACAUCUGAUCAGCAAACCUGGGGACAACACCUUUUGUCCGUAAUGGCACAUCAUACUUCCAUACUGGAACAACAACUUCUGUCCAUAAUUGCACACCCAUAGGUGCACAUGUGCUCACUAAGCCUGGGGACAAUACCUUUUGUCCAGAAUUCUGCAGCUCUUACUUAAGCUUGGUCUCAACGACUGUUGUGCAUAGCUCAUGACGCAGUCUCAUACUUAUAAGGUCUUCUACCUUACUCCAACAUGCCAUAAUCUACCCUGCCAUCAGGUGAUUUUAUCUAACCCCAGUCUGCUCACAAGCCUCUGCUUACAGUUACACAAUCGCUGCCUGGCAGCUGAAUCACCUUCCUAGUGCAUAUGCAAAAUCACAUCUUACACAUAGACCAGGACAUCCUACAGGCAGCGCUUUAAGUCUUCUUUCCCCUAUGCCUUCCCUAAUGCCACACUCAUGUACUUGUGCUCAUAUAUUAACUGCACAAAGUACCUCCUGAGACACUCUUUCACCGAACCAUUUGCACACCGCAGUUCCUCCUUGGCAGGAGUAUGCUUCUUGACACAUGGUACUCAAGCAGCUGCAGGCUUUCCACUCAUGACAUGUCAGCCUUCAUUUUUAGAGGUCAAAUUGCCACUGAAUAUCUUCAUGUUCCUGUAUACACAGAAGUUCAGAAAAUGUGCCACGCAUUGGACUCAAUGACUACAUCAAACAAAAUAGACAAUAUACUAUCACGACAAACUCCUUUUCACUGGCUGUCCUGACAUCACAUUUGCAGCCACACCUGCCAGCCCAUACAGGACUAUCAACCAGCCCAGAAAGCCACUUCUGUACAACGACACAGUCCAACAUCACUAACGCAACAAAGCAGCACUACUAGCAGCUGGACUCACCAUGACAAGGACCAAAGCUACAAAAUCAGCCUUUCCAUUUAUUUCCAACAUUCUCAAAUACAUUCUCUGAACUAUAA